AUGGAAUAUAAGAUGCAGAAAGACCAGGAGCUCUUAACCUUAAUAGAUAACAUCGAAAAGAGCUAUGAUCCAUCAUCCCAAAACUAUAAGUUCAAAUAUGUGUUCUACAACAAGGUUGAUGGGCCGUUCGCACGUCCUUUGGACUUUCCAGAGACUCUAUGGAACAUUUCCCUGACAAGUGAUCCAACUAUGAUGCCUGUACUAUUGAAAGGAGAUGAAAUCGAGCAUAGGAAGUCUCUCCAGAUGGAUGCAUGUAGAAGAAUUAAUGACUCGUAUGACUUCCUGCGGAAAAAAAUAGGUGGACUAAGAAUGAGGUCAGAGAAGCUUAAGUCAAAAAUAGAUGGAUGCCUGCAAAUAUACAGAAAGAUCUUUGGUGGAGUUUAUAACCGCCUCAAAAAAGAAGAGGGAAAGUGUACUCUCUUAGACCGCAUAUAUAGGACGUAUCUACCUUUGGAGAAAAAAGAAAAGCUUGCUGUCAUACAGAACAAAGGAGAGGUGAUUGAUUUUUUGGAGGAUUUAAGGGGAAUGGGGGAGAAGAUCCUAAGAGACGUGGACAACGCACUACAGGAACGACAGAAGCAGACGGUCAUACUGAAUGAGCUAGACAAGGUUCAGGAGACCUUCCCUCGAAAUCCUUGGUGA